AUGCCUGAUUUGGAAACCCACCCAGCGCUACUGGCGAAAUACCUGCUCGUUCUGGCCACAUCACUCCAAGGUGUGCAUCCGGAGUUGCACGCGGAGGCCAUUCGAAGAUUGUCAGAACCACCACGCCAACUGAUUCGUCGAUUUGCCGAGACAGCAAUUAGCUUGGUUACCAACAAUGACGAAUUGUUGGGCUCUGCCGAAGGGCUAGAAUGUGUGUUGCUCGAAGCUAUGUAUCAUGCCAAUGGGGGUAAUCUACGACGUUCUUGGUUCGCGUGUAGACGCGGCAUGGUGGUCGCUCAGAUGCUGGGUAUUCAUCGCAGCGGCAUUCAACAACCGCUCAAUGUCCUCGACCCAACGGAGUCCGUCUAUCCGAGCUUUCUGUGGUAUCGCAUUCUUUGCUUUGACCGUCAGCUCUGCUUGAUGUUGGGUCUGCCACAAGGUUCACUGGAUGCCUCCAUUGCGUCCGAAGCCGCGCUGGGAAGUGACACACCGGAAGGUAGAUUUGAGCGUAAGCAAAACGCCAUUGCGUCUCGUAUCCUCGAGCGCAACGAAUCUUUGGGCGCUGGUAUCGCAGAUGACGUUAUAACAUUACAUGAACUGGACGCAGAACUUCAACAAGCCGCGAGUGAGCUCCCCAGUAAGUGGUUGUUAGUCCCAAACCUUGCAAGUCCUGUGCACGACCCGGAGAAAACCUUCUGGGACACGCUGCGGUUGCUUGAUCAGAUAUUCUACUUCAACUUGCUCAACCUGCUCCACCUUCCCUACAUACUGCGAUCAAGCACUCCCAGCACUGGUGAUGGUGUUGCCGCUCAAAAUUUCGAGUACAGCAAGGUGACCAGCGCACAUGCGUCAAGAGAACUACUGACGCGCUUUGUAAUGUUCCGGUCGUUCAACCCUGUUGCGUAUUGCUGCAGGUCAGUUGACUUUUUUGCGCUAAGCGCCUCAUUGACACUGGUGAUUGCACACCUUGACGGGCACCGCAGGCAACGACAGGGAGUGGGUGGGGCGGGAAUUAAUGUACUAGCCCACCAAAGGAGCGGUGAUCGCGCGAUGAUGGAACAAGUCCUCGAAAAUAUGGAGCAUGUUGCGAAGUUGAACACGGAUAUCCUCAGCGAGCGUAGCUCGAUUCUCCUGAGGAGCCUACUUGCCCUCGAAGAGGACGCUGCAACCACACCAACGAUGGACCAACACCCUGACUUGGCGACAAGACACGAGCAAGGCUUGCGAAUGGAUAUUCCGUACUUCGGAACCAUCACCAUAGGUCGUGAAGGUAUCAUUUCUAUGGAAGUUCCUCCUCGUCCUACGUCACUUCCCUCUGUGGAGCACCACAAGAAGCAAGAGCAGCACGAGCCGGACAAGAAUGGCGCUCCCGCCCCGGAAGUGAUUACCUCCGCACGAGACGGCUAUUCAGUUGACCAAGAGCUAAGCGGAGCCUUCGACGCGGACAUGCUCUCUGAACCGGAACCGCCCUCCUUUCACGGCGUAGGGUCACACAUCGCGCCCCCAGAAUUUCAGCAGACACCACACGACGCGGGAUUCGCACCUACAACCCCGAGCGCCAUCAACACCACGCUGCAGCAGUCUUACCUGUACCCCGGCCUGACAGCCAGUGUAGAUAACUGGGCCUUCCAGGGAGUGGACAUGGCGUUCUUCGACAGUCUGCUUCGGGGCUCGGGAACGGUGCCUUUCAAUGAAACUGACAAUGGAAACUAUUGGGCGGAUUGGGAUGGUGCUUCUUAG